AUCAUCACAUGGCAAAACCCGGAAAAGCGUCGCGGCGCGCAAGAAACCGGCCACGUCGGACGGUAAAAAAAGCAACGCGGACAUCGGUUUCCACGGGGGAUUUUAAUCGCAACAUCUUUUUUCUACGAACUCGUUCAAAAACGGUUAUAAACCACCGAAAAUUAACGUUUUUCGCUAUGAUUUUAACAGCUUUUCGCGAAUUAACUGUACCGAAGGUUUUGACACAUGUACACACUUACCCUCGAUGUCAGCCAUGAUAGUUGUGACGCGAAACACAGGUUGCCAUGACAACUCCGUGAUGGAUACACUCGUGUGUAAUUUUGAUAUCGUGCAUUUACCGUUUUUAGGGUUCCGUGUUGUAUGAAUACAGAUAUAUAAAAUACGCGUGAUUUUAUCCUCUUGGGAUACAUCAUUCUUUCGUUUCGAUUUAAUAAAAUGAUUAUGUGGGGGAGAGACACUUACUCUAAUGGCGGAUUCGAAACAUCGUUUAAAGUUGGUUCGAGGACGAGAAAUUUCAGGAAAAAAUGGACUUGGAAGGCAUUUUUUGAUGAAAGUGUUAAAUUGUCGAGUCAGGCGAAUGAUUUUUUCAUUUUUGAAAGAUUCUAGUGAAUUAUGAUGAUCGUCGAGAAUGACUACCGAGAAGAUUAUUUUUCAUGGAAAAUUAUAGUAUUUCUCGAAGACCUCACUUGGAAGAUAAAAAUAAUAAAUACGAAAAAUGAUUUCAUCGAUCGAUAAAAGUUCCUUUUUUACGAAUGAUUUUUUCGCUAUUUUUUGGAACGCCCUCGUGUCGAAACGAAAAACAGUUGCAAGAAAUAUUGGGACGUCAAACGUCAAUCGAGUUGGUAACUCGAGUCGAGGCGAAGAGCGUUAUUUUAUUUUCGUCAUUAUUUUAUGGGCGUUUACAUUUAUUCGAAAGAACAAUUUGCCGCUCAUUUUACGAUGCGCCAUCGAGCAGAUUACAAUGUGAUUGCAUUUGUAGUUGGUCAGUCCACUUUCUCGUUUCUCGACGUCUAAAUAACCGCAGCGCCCCGUUCCAUACUCGUGAAAUGUUUCGAAGCUUGAAAUUGGCUAUCGGCAAAUUUGGCUCACUCAAACCGUUCCAUAUUUACGAUCGGAGAUAUUUCCGGGAGCCUUUUCAGCCGUUGAAGCGAUGUCCGCGAUGGGUCUGUGUCGAAGAUGCCGUAAGGAUCAUCAAAUCAGAGGAACUCGUUUUUAUUCAGGGAGGAGCUGCGACGCCAUUAGAAUUAGUGCGAGCGAUGACCGAGCACGGAGUCUGCAGUAACCUUCGAGGGGUUAGAUUGUUGCACAUGGCACUCGAGGGCGACGCUUAUUUCGCAAAUCCAGAGUUCGAAAAACAUUUUAGAUCGGUGAAUCUGUACAUCGGUUCGAACUUGAGAGAAGCUGUGAACGAAGGCCGUGCCGAUUUUAUACCCAUAUUCAACCACGAAAUUCCGAAAUUAUUUUACGAGAGAACCAUCAUUCCGGACGUUGCAUUAAUCCAUGUUAGUACACCGGAUUCACGAGGGUUCUGCUCGCUCGGCACGAGCGUCGACUGCACAAGAGCUGCCAUCUGUAACGCAACUUUCAUCAUUGCUCAAGUGAACGAGUACAUGCCACGAACUUUCGGUGAAUCGGUUAUUCACUCGAGUCAUUUUGAUUACGCGGUUAAAUUUGAUUGUCCGUUGCCGUGUGUCAGCGAAAGUCCGCUCAAUGAGAUCGAGGCCGAAAUCGGAAAAAUAAUAGCUCAGAGAUUGGUCGAGGAUGGAGCAACGCUGCAAAUCGGCGUUGGAAAUAUUCCUGACGCCGUAUUGUGCUCGCUCUCAAAUCACAAGGAUCUCGGUAUCCACAGCGAAAUGUUGAGCGACGGUAUGGUCGAUCUCGUGGAAAAGGGGUCCAUAACGAACAGGCGUAAAUCGAGACACCGUGGUCGCUUUGUUUGCUCUCUCGCUGUAGGAUCGAAGAAACUCUACGAUUUUAUGCACGUCAAUCCUUCCAUUGAAAUGUUGGGAAUAAGUUACGUCAACAAUCCACGAGUGAUAUCGGCACAGACUCAAAUGACUGCUAUCAAUCCGGCGAUCGAGGUCGAUCUCACGGGACAAGUGUGCGCGGACAGUUUAGGAUGUAAAAUGUACUGCGGUGUCGGUGGACAGUUGGAUUUCGGUCGUGGAGCAUCGUUAGGUCACGAUGGCAGAGGAAAGUCGAUUGUUGCUCUGCCUUCGGUUACGAGCAGGGGAGAGAGCAGAAUCCAGCCAAUUUUGACUCCAGGUGGUGGUGUGACGACAACGCGAUCGCACGUUCAUUACGUAGUGACGGAAUACGGAGUCGCUCAAUUAUUCGGCAAAACAUUGAGGCAAAGAGCGUGUGCUUUGAUCGAAAUAGCGCAUCCUGAUCACAGAGAUUGUCUCGAAAAAGCGGCGAUCGAGAGGCUCAAGAGCUCGCCAACGAAGUAUCUGUAAAUCGUGAGAAAAAUGUAAAAAUACAA